AGAGAGAGAGAGAGGGCGAAAAAAGGGAGAGACGGUAUAAAGCUGAAAGUGCGCCGGUCCAGCGGCCCAGUACGAAGGCAUCCCGCGGACAGGAGAGAUGCGAUCCGGCGGCAUGCUGCGUGUGAUGGCGUUCUCAUCACCACUUUUCGCUAGUACUCUUCUUCUGCUCCUUCUCGCCCAUGCCAACGCUCUACCACUGCAAUAUUUACCAGAAAUUCCUGGCUAUAUUCCUGUGUACAUAAGGCAUGGCGACCAGCCCUUAGAAGAAAUUAAUCCAGCUUUAGCCGAAGCUUUCCACGAAUCUUCUGGCAUAUUAAAGAAUAUUCGGGAUGACUUGAACGAUAGAAACGACGUCUCGUUGCAUUCCAAUGAAGAAAAUUCAUCUCGUGAGAACGCCAAUCCACCGAUGCCGCCGAAACAAUUAAUUUACGAUUUCCCUCAAGAGAAGAGCAAUUUUCCACCAAAAGACAAACCCACUGAAAAAGAAUCCGUUGUUAUGAAGCUCGCCAAAACUUCGCCACUGGACAAAAUCGACAUCAAGAAACUCACGCAAGAGAUCAAAGAAAAGAAAGAAAAUAAAUGAGUUUUAUGAAUACUAGUCAAAAUGUUGUAGUUUCUGAAUGUUCUGAUAUUUUCCAAUGUCUAUACGUAUAAAAUCUCGGAAAAAAACUUGCAAUUAUCUGCGAGUAAUUAUAUAUACGAAAGUUAUAGCCCAUUAUACAGUGCUUUAUAUAGAGAGGUACAUUAAUACUAAAUUAAAAUUGUGCUCACAGACUAAACGGCAAUAAAUUUAGAAGAUGUACAAAAAAAGUUAAUGGCUAGGACACGUUAGGAUAUAAUCGACUACUUAUACGACUCCAGCUUUGCAGCUUCGGGAAUGUUUCAGUUUUUACUUAACAGAAGAAUAAGUAUUCGUCUCUCUGCAAGCAUCAAAUGUUUUAUAAAUACCAACGAUACAUAUAAUUUAGUACAAAAGUUUUUAUUAUAUUCAUCAAGUAUGUAAUGAAUUAAUUGAUUUGAAUGUGAAUAUUUUGUAACUGAUUUUAUAUAUAGUAAAGCAAUUCUAAAAGAA